CAGCAGCCUCACGUGCUAUGUCCCCUCAGGACAAGGAGAAGAAGAAGAAGGAGAGCAUCUUGGAUCUGUCCAAGUACAUCGACAAGACCAUCCGGGUGAAGUUCCAGGGCGGCCGUGAAGAUGGGGACUCAGGCGCCACCACGAGGUGGACAGUUGGUAUCAGAGCCCAAACCUGAACGUCCAGGUGCAGCCCACAGUGGAAUCCUGAAAGGCUUCGACCCGCUGCUCAACCUCGUGCUGGACGGCACCAUCGAGUACAUGCGGGAUCCCGAUGACCAGUACAAGCUGACGGAGGACACGCGGCAGCUGGGCCUGGUGGUCUGCCGCGGCACCUCCGUGGUGCUCAUCUGCCCGCAGGACGGCAUGGAGGCCAUCCCCAACCCCUUCAUCCAGCAACAGGACGCCUAGUGGCCGCCUCGUGGCCGCCUCGUGGACUCAGACGCCCCAGCGGGGGCAGAUGUGCGUUUUCUUAAUAAAAUGUCAAGCUCAG